GUCAAUGUCACUAAAUUUUCGACAUGACAUUUUCAAAUAUAUAUUUUGGAGGGAAAUUGUCCAAAAACUAGUUUCCGUAUAAUUUUUGUAGCAAAUUAAUUUGUAAACAAACGAAAAUGGAGUCUAUGGAAGUAGAUGAUAAAGAAAUCCCAACUACCUCUACAAAAGAAAAAGAACAAAGUACUGCAGCAAAAAAGCUCGGCAACCUGCCAUGGUAGGUCAACAUGUCUGAUCGUUAAUCGUUACAGCUAACUUUGAACAUUUGUAGGAUCGAAAAAUAUCGUCCUCGGUCCUUUGAGGAUAUCGUAGGAAAUGAAGAUACUAUAACAAGAUUAUCAGUCUUCUCAAAGCAGGGAAAUGUUCCAAAUGUUAUCAUAGCGGGUCCUCCAGGCGUCGGUAAAACCACAACAAUAUUAUGUUUAGCAAGAAUAUUGCUUGGCACUGCUUUCAAAGAUGCAGUUUUAGAGUUGAACGCAUCCAAUGAUAGAGGAAUUGAUACUGUACGCAACAAAGUUAAGAUGUUUGCCCAGCAGAAAGUAACUUUGCCCCCAGGAAGACAUAAAAUUGUGAUCCUGGAUGAAGUUGACAGCAUGACAGAAGGUGCCCAACAAGCUCUAAGAAGGACAAUGGAAAUAUAUAGCAACACAACUCGAUUUGCAUUGGCUUGUAACUACAGUGAAAAAGUCAUUGAAGCUAUACAAUCACGAUGUGCUAUACUGAGGUACUCCCGAUUGACAGAUGCUCAAGUUAUGGCAAGGAUUAUUAAAAUAUGUCAAGCAGAAAAUGUAAAAUACACUCAGGAUGGCCUAGAAGCUAUUGUAUUUAUAGCACAAGGAGAUAUGAGGCAAGCCUUGAACAAUUUGCAGUCCACUCAUAAUGGUUUUGGAUUGGUUAAUUCUGAAAAUGUUUACAAAGUUUGUGAUGAACCUCACCCAAUGCUGAUUAAAGAGAUGUUGAAAAACUGUAUUGACGGUGAUAUUCGGAAAGCAUACAAGGUUAUUCAGUACUUGUGGAGCUUGGGCUAUGCAGCAGAAGACAUCAUUAAAAACAUCUUCAGAGUGUGCAAGAAUAUGGAUAUUGAUGAAGGUCUUAAGCUGAAUCUCAUAAAGGAAAUAAGUUAUACACAUCAAAGGAUAGUGGAUGGGAUUUGUUCUCUCAUACAGAUGUCUGGCUUACUGGCAAGGCUAUGCAAGGCAGCUAAAGGAGAUACUUUUUAAGCUCAAUUAUUAUAUAAGUGUAUUUCCAAUCAGUACUUUUUUAUUAAAACAUCUUUUUUUAAUACAA